AUGCCGCCGUCGCCUCUCAUGUCUGCUGCAAAUAGAAUCAACCUGGACGGGGUCCCGCAGUGGCAGCCUGACGACCAGGUCUUGGCUUGUCCUCUCUGUGAUCACCGCUUUACCCUCUUUUUCCGACGCCACCACUGUCGUCGCUGCGGAAGAGUCGUUUGUGGAUCUUGUUCUGCCGUCAAAACUACGUAUCUGCCAUCUUCAUACGUUGUGUGCCCUCCUUCUCAGAUCUUUCUCGAAACACCCCACAUCCCCCACCGCACAUGCGAUGAGUGUGUGGAAGAACUCGAAAUGAUCCGCUCAGCUCUCAGAGCUCAUAUCCCGGCUUCUCGGUCGUCCCGCUCUGGUGGUAGUGGCUCACGAGCUGCUCAAGAUGGGUCCUCUUCUACUGUCACUGCUCAGAGUCAAGGUGCAACACCCAUUGUAGCACCGUUGUCGCGCCGUUUGCGUCGCUCUAGUAGUGCAAGUAGUAUAAUCCGCGCACCCGUGACUUCAGCUAAUAACCGCCCAGCCACAAUUACCUCCCAAGAACAUCAUAACCAUCAUAACCAAAAUGUCUCGCUUCCUACCAGUGCUGGUCCAUCCUCAUCAUCAUCGUCCGCAGGCCCAAGCACGUCACCUCAACAAUCAUCAUCAUGUGCCCAUAAACGCAUUUUCCAAGUCGAAUCAACAGCUGUCGCUGUUGAAGACGAAGAAGACGAUGACAAUGAUAAUGAUAAUGACGCAGAUUCCAUUGCUGGCCCAUCUUCUGCUUCAGACCAACAUAACAUGGCUCUCCCACCGUUGCCAGCCACUACGCGAUCCCACCGUGAUAGCGCAAGUAGUGCUGCCACACUGACAUCUGCGAGCGGGACUCCGCAGACGUCAUCAUCUCUGUCACUCCGUCGCUCUAGCCGUCGCCACAACCACGAGUCGUUGUCAACUCCUGUAGCCGAGCUUGAUGAAGACGACCGGUGUCCUGUGUGCAACAGGCGGUUUGACCCCUUGCUGACGGAAACGGACCGCGAAAAUCACAUUACAGAGUGUCUUAAGGAAGCCGAAUUCUCCGGGUCCCUUGAACAAACGCAUCGUGCUAACCGUAUGAUUGUCUACAAGCUUUCUGCACGUGAGGCAAAAGCACUUGGCGAAUGCGUCAUUUGCUUUGAGGACUUUGUAGAGGGCGACUCAGUGGGCCGCUUGGAGUGUUUGUGUAUCUAUCACGAAAAGUGUAUUCUCGAUUGGUUUGCACGCAAGGGCGCCGGUGAGUGUCCUGUUCAUGCUGUCCAUGUGUAA